AUGAGAGCAUCCCAUGAAAAAGUGGCGUCAGAUUUCUACCUGAUGCAAACCAGCCAUUGCGGCAUUUCAAUGCAGAAAGGAAGAAAAAGUCCGCCCUUCGAAACUGGAGUGCGGCGCGUGCUCUCUGAUACGGGGGUAAUUGCACGUCGAGGAACCAUCACCUGCGCGAACGCGAACGAGACUCGAGCCCUCCGAAUCAUA